CCCCAACCUAGAAACCCCCCAAAGAAUCCAAACAAUGCGUUGUCUAAUUGGGUGAAGGGUUGAGGGAAAUCUGUCUGAUUAGCCUUCUCCAACAGACGGGGAUUAAGCUUUUGGUCUGUAAUUAUUAUAAAGCAUACGUCAGCAGACAUCCACCCAUUUCAGUGGAGCAGAGGGAUCCUGCGAGGUGACUGUGCUCUCUCUCAGGCCAAGUCAGACGCGAGGACCCAAGAAUAGGAGCAGUACUGGAGCAGGAACAGGAAUAUCCUCCUGAGUCAGUGCCACGACGCUGACAAACCACGCUCCCCGGCAGAGCUGCCUCUGCUCCGAUAAUCAGCAUCCUAUGCUAUUCUGCUCAAGAUGGCGGUGCAGGCAGCGGAGAAGGACGGAGUAGUGUUGAAGAAUGUGGAAGAAGACCACCUGAAUGACUCGCUGGGGAACCCCGGCCUCAUCUCACCUGACAAGGAGGAUUUAUCACGCCUCCUGACGGUGCCAUUCAGCGGGCGCAUCCGGGGGGGCAUGCGGCCGGGGAAGAAGAUAAUAGUGAUGGGCAUCGUGGACCUGGAGCCAGACAGCUUUGAUGUCAGCCUGACCUGCGGACGUGAUUCAGAGAAAGGGGAGCCUCCAUUUGAUGUGGCCCUGAAACUCACGGCUCGUUUCACUGAUCGUCAGUUCCUUCGCAGCGCUCGGGUUUCUGGGAAAUGGACAGAGGAGGAGGCGUCCACUGUGUAUUUUCCCUUCAUCCCUGAUCAGCCUUUUAGGAUUGAGAUCCACUGCGAGCACCAGAGGUUCCGGAUAUUCGUGGAUGGACACCAGCUCUUUGACUUUUAUCACAAAGUAAAAUCUUUGCCCUCUAUCGACACAGUACGAAUACAAGGAGACCUACAGAUUACCAAGCUCGGUUAACUUGCCCUCUGACCAAUUCCCGCUCCGCAAGUCGUGUGUGAAGCAAGGACUUGAUCACACAUGACCACACACACACGUGCGCCUGUUACAUCAUCAUCCAUAGCCCAUCGUACAGCACUGCAUCAGCAUAGUAACUGGAUCAAAGUUUUUCUGCUUUGCUGUUUCUUCUUCUUCCUCUUCUUUAUGUUGAACCAGGAUCUGAUGUGAUGGUGCUUUGUGGGUGAAUGUGUUUGAUCCAUUUUUCAGGUAUUUUUCCCUUGUAGCCCCAGUUUUUAGAUCAGCGAACUUGUAGCUUAUUUAUAGGACAUUCCACUUUUAUGUCGAAUCCUUUAGGGAAUUUGAGAUGGAGGCAGGUGUGGAGGUUUGAAAAAACCAGUUAGAUAAAAAUAUCUGACAAUUAGCAGCUAAAGUGAAAGUUAAGUGUUGCUCAUGGAUAGAACAAAAUCAAAAACUUAAACUCAAUUCAACUCACUUUGUUUAAACAUACAAGCGUCCUCUUAAAUCUUUUGCUGACCAAGCAACGUGAACAAAUGUGCAGUAAAACUCAGACAGGCCAGAGCAGUGUUCCCAAAUCAGGCAGAUACAUGAUGUUAUGCGAGAUGCAACUGGUUUCAAUUAAAAUAUACCUGGACAUAUAUGUAUAUUUGAUAUGCUUUAGUUAGAUUGAGCUCAGCACAGCUGGAUGUGUAACUAUUUCAAAAACUCAUCUGAGCACAACACAAGACAGCAUAGCGGCCUGUUUUCUCUCUGCUGAUGUAUAUCCAACUCUGCUGGCACUCCUCUGCAUCCCUUGGGUUUAUUCCAGUUGUCAUGGUAACACGUCGCAGCCUCAUUGACCUAAAUACUCAAAAAUGAGGAUUAUAUCAUGACAAGAUGUAGCAUCCCAUGCUUAACACAGCGUGUCUGGGUAGUUUGCACUUUUCUUUUUUUUUUUUCUUUUUUUUAACUACAGCCACUCUCCUGUCAGUAGAUUGCGCUAUAGAGGCAGCAGAGCUGCUGAGAAAUGAAUUUAAAAUUUGACUUCUGCUCCUUUUUUCUUUUGCAAGCCUCAUCAGAGUUGAACACUAAAAUAAGAUAGAAGUUUUACUCCUUAUAUGAAGAAGAAACCAUGCUGUCAUCGAGGUCACAGGUUCAGCCGGGUGCAGGUUCAGUCACACAUUUUGGAGUCAGGGGUCAGAUCCUGGGGGUACUUUGAAUGUAUAGGGUUGAUGUUUUUUGUUUAUCUUUUUUUUUCUAAUAGUAGCAUAGAAGAUAUAGUGAUGCACAGAUUAAUUUCUCAAUGUCACAGUUUUUGGUGGUAUGGCUGGUGCUGUUUUAGUCCAUUAUAGGUCUUGUGUGUCUCAUGGCUUUUUAAAAAAAGAAAAAGGUUUUCCUGAAUCAUUCCUCAUCGGCAUCUUGCCCACACUGAUGCAGUCUCAUCCUUUCCUAGCGCUGCAGGCUGUGUUUUAGAAGUGUAACUAACACAAAUGUCUGGUCUCUUAUGCGUUGUUUUCUUUAUGACAGUUUCCUUCACUGGGGCAGGGAGCAAGUUCUAAAAAAUAUAGAGAAGAGAUCUUCAAGUUAAACCCACAAGUAUUGUGUGUAUGAAAUCUUAAGGUGCUCUGUUUACACUCUUCCAGUAUCAACGUUGAUUAUGCGUUAUCAGGUUGUUGUUUUUUUUUUUUUUUUUUUCCAUACUCUAGAAAGAUGUAAAAACUCACUGCAGACAUUAAAAGGUACUUUUUUUUUUUUUUUUUCUGUUUAUGCAUUUGUGUUUUUUGGCACAACUUCACCUACUUCUAAUAUGCAGGUAGGAGAAGGAAAAGUCUGAGGAAGACAAAGCUCUUGCAAAAAGCUGGCCAGAUUUGUUCUAGACAAAUGGCUUAGGGCAGCAAUAAAGUUUCUUUGUUGCUGAAGCCUUGACCUCUUUAAAGGGUUUUAUAAGAAAAAUGAUUUAAGUUUAAGUUAUGUUCAUGGGUCAGUUAUUAGCCUGAAUAUAUUUGCCAAGUUGUGAAAAAUCUCUUUUGUGUGUAAUUAAAAUUGUAUUUAUUAAAAGUUGGUAAACGGCUAUUACCAGUCCCACUUUUAGAAAUGUUAAUAAAUCAUUAAAGUUUCCUGGGUUUAUAAAGAUGCAUUAAAGCUGAAAUUAUAAACGUUGAUAAGCUGUUCAUGAAUAAUAGAUACACUCUGGUGCAGAUGCCCUGCAGCUGUUUCCCAGACACUUAAAAGAACAAGGCACGUGUCAUUUCACAUGAAGGGUUAGCCAAGGGGGUUUUUCACAACUGAAAUGUUUCCUGAAACUGCUCAUAAAUGUGAUUUAUUAUACAUUUAUAACACGUUAGGGGGUGUAACAGAAACCAAAGUCAUGAUACAAAUAGUACAUUGUGAAGGUCAUUCAGGUACAGAAGUAUCAUGCAUCACAAUAAUGGAAAAAUGGAAUGGCGUAUGCUGUUUUUCUAGAAUUAUUACAUUGUUAGAAAUCAUUAAACCAUUCAAUAGAAAUUCACAGAAUAAAUGAUCACAACUUGUAAAUGUUGGAAAGCGGCACUGCUGGUUCUGUUUAUGACAGUAAAACCUAAACCAGGUUUCAUGAGCCUGUUUGAUCCCUUUUGAGGACUUUUUUUUUUUUUUUUUA